AGAAAAGAUGGGGAAGGGUCUGCUGUGGUUUGGUCUGGCUGUUCUGCUGCAACUGCAGCUUGGUUCUGCCUACAAACUGGUUUGCUAUUUCACUAAUUGGUCUCAAUAUAGGCCAGAACCAGCCAAGUACUUUCCAAACAAUGUAGAUCCAAAUCUUUGCACUCAUUUGAUUUAUGCUUUUGCCACUAUGAAUCAACAUAAGAUUGCACCAUAUGAAUGGAAUGAUGAAGACAGGCUCUUCCCAGAGUUUCAAGCACUUAAGAAAAGCAACUCCAAUCUUGUCACUCUGCUAGCUAUUGGAGGCUGGAAUUUUGGCACUCAGAAGUUCACUGAAAUGGUUUCCUCAGCUGGCAAUCGUAAAAUAUUCAUUGAUUCAGUGAUUGAAUACCUCUGUAAAUUUGGGUUUGAUGGUAUUGACCUGGACUUUGAAUACCCAGGAUCAAGGGGCAGUCCUCCUGAAGACAAGCAUCGCUUCACUAUCCUGGUUCAGGAAAUGAUGGCUGCUUUUGAAAACAAUAAAUGUGAUGGGAAGAGGUUUUUGAUCACGGCAGCUGUAUCUGCUGGCAAAGGGACUAUUGAUGCCGGAUAUGAAAUUGCUGAGGUCGGAAAAGUUCUAGAUUUCAUCAGUGUAAUGACAUAUGACUUCCACGGAGGCUGGGAUACUUUCACAGGACACAACAGCCCCUUGUAUGUGGGAUCAAAGGACCAGGGUGAUUUCAAGUAUUUCAACUGUGAUUUUGCUAUGAAAUACUGGAGAGACAAUGGUGUCCCCGCUGGAAAACUUCUUAUGGGAUUCCCCACCUAUGGACGCACCUUCAGGCUUACUUCCUCAGACACUUCUGUUGGUGCUCCAGCCUCUGGGGCUGGCUCAUCUGGACUUUAUACCCGUGAGGCAGGCUUCUGGGCCUAUUAUGAGAUUUGCACAUUCUUAAAGACUGCCACACUAAGUUGGAUCGAUGACCAGAAAGUCCCAUAUACCUACAGUGGAAAUGAAUGGGUUGGAUAUGAUAAUAUUUGCAGCUACAAACAUAAAGUCAAGUACCUGAAAGAGAACAGUUUUGGAGGUGCCAUGGUUUGGGCCAUUGACCUGGAUGACUUUCUGGGCUCUUUCUGCAAUGAAGGAAAAUAUCCUCUCAUUAGUGAACUGAAGAGACUUCUUGAAACCAACGACCCCAUUGUUCCUGGUUGCCCUGAUGGAACUGUUCCUGAUCCUGAUCCUGGGACUCCUACUCCAACUCCAGAUCCAACUCCAGAUACUCCAACUCCAGAUCCAACUCCAGAUACUCCAACACCAGAUACUCCAAAUCCAGAUACUCCAACUGUGGGGCCACCAGUACUUAACUUUUGUGACAACCAACAGGACGGUAUCUAUGCAGACCGAGAAGAUAGCAACAAAUUCUAUAUGUGUGUUAACAAGCAAACUUACUCUUUCAGCUGUGCAUCUGGCCUGGUAUUUGAUGAGAGUUGUAAGUGCUGCAACUACCCUUAAUAGUAACAGCUGGCUUCCAACAAAGAGAGUUUGAAAUGGUAUGUCUUUUUGACCACAGCAGAC